GCGACAGUGAGAGCAGGAGGAGGCUUGUGCUUCAGAAGGGGAUUGGUUGUCAGGUUUUAUAAAAGGGAAGGGGUCACCACCUCAAUGUCUGGGCCGGAACGCAGCUGCAUGCACUGACAGAAGAGGUUCACGAGCCUGCCAGGCGCAAGAGCGCUUGCCUCUUGAGCUCAUCCAUCGAUAUCAAGUUUAGUCAACAGAAUAGAGCGAGUUUCUUUCAAAAGAAUUCUUUCCUCUCUCAUGAUGGCAUUUGCAGCCGGACCGCUCCAGCGUCCUAUCAGCUUCCUUGACCUCUGCAUUGCUCGCAGACUGACUCAUCAUUUUGCCACGACAUCGCUGGAAUCACGCCCCGCCCCUGCGGCCCUCGCUUCCACCUCCGAGAGUGCUUCUUCAAAACCAGUAAAAUCCACAAGCGCGGAGUCAGAAGGAGCCCCUAUCCUUUCAGAUGGCAAAGCACAGGUAGAAGCAGCAGCAUCGAGUAACAUGCCUUCAACAAGUGCGGAGACUUUUCUUCCAAAGCUUGAAGGAUCAUAUUUUGCAGCACAAAUGAAUUCCAAUCCUGCAGCAGAUGCCACUGUUGGACAAAUUCCUACUGUUCUACAUUCGCUGGCCCGUUCCCUUUUUCCAAGCACGAAGUUUUUAGCGCAGCGUCAUAGCCAGGGAGCCAGCAUCCUUCAGCACAGGUCAUUCUCCGCUCAUGCGCAUCUUCCGAGGACUGCAGCGGUGGCGCCUGCCGUGCUAGGCUGGCGACCAAGCUUGGAAGAACUAGAGAGGGAGGAAAGGAAGAGGAGGGCCUGCCAGGCAGGGCCCUCUCACAGAGCUCUUCUGGUGGACGCGGCGGGGACACUACUUGCUCCCUCAGAGCCAGCUGCGCAGGUCUACAAGACCAUCGGAAGAAAGUAUGGCGUGACCAUCUCAGAGGGCGACAUUCUGCGUCGGUAUCGCUGGGCCUAUUCGCAGCCAUGGAGCGAGUCUCACCUCAGGUAUGUGGACGACGCCCGCUUCUUUUGGGCUUCCGUGAUCGAGGCGUCCACUGGCUGUUCAGACCCUCAAUACUUCGAGGAUCUGUACCAAUACUAUGCCAGCGCAAGGGCGUGGAGGCUGAUUGAUCCGCAUGCGGGGGAGGCUUUUUCAGCACUGCGAGAGGCGGGCGUGAAAAUAGCGGUCGUGUCCAACUUUGACACGCGGCUGCGGCCGAUCCUGGAGCAGCUGGGCUGCAGCGACUGGUUCGACGCGCUGGCCAUCUCGGCGGAGGUGGAGGCCGAAAAGCCGAACCCAACCAUCUUUCUGCGGGCUUGCGAGCUGCUGGGGGUGCCUCCCGAGGAGGCGGUCCACGUCGGGGACGACCGCAGAAACGACGUGUGGGGGGCGCGGGACGCCGGGUGCGGUGAUGCAUGGUUGUGGGGAGAUGACGUCACCUCGUUUGCUGAGGUGGCCACGAGGAUGGGCGUUGCGGUCGCGGAAGCGGAGGAGCCGCUUGUUGCCUAGGCGGCGUUAAGACGAAAGGUGGAGGGGGGGCCAAAGAGCGGUGGCUGUCGGAAUGGCUUGAUGCUCUGCAUGUCAUGUUUGUAUGCGGAUCCAACGAGUAAUGGGUACUUGUUGGUUUUGCUUGCGGUGGAGACUGAGGAACGUCCAAGGUGGGUGGUUGUACGUACUGGUAGGGAAGCUGGAUCGAUUAGGGGGCCGGUUGCAAGCUGCUUCAGGUUGGUGGGGGUAUCACCAACAGUUUUGUUACGGUGCAGUCAACCAGCUCGUGGGUGUGAGUGGAAGUGGGGAGAUUUGAACACGAGAAAGAGGCAGGCUCGUCUAGGCGGAGCUUUCAACAAGUUGUGCAUGCAGGUAUUGGUUACGCUUGCAAGCGUAACGGAUUGGCCAGGACGAUCGAGGGGGAGUGAUUGUGAUAGGCUGCUUACGGAUCGAGCAGCCAAUUGAUCCUCUUGACGCAUUCAAAUAGGGGCAGUAUACAAAUCUUCUCGAAAAAUAAGGUAGACAAAUGUCCAUAUUUCAGGCUGCAUAAGAGAAGGAGAGCUACAAGUAUAGACACAACUAGCUGUUAGCUGCGCGCAAGAAUAAGGCUGCAGCAGUUAACCGGGACUAGAUGUAAUGUCUCGACAUAGACAAAGGGCUCCUGUGAUAAGUAAGGACCAGCUGCUAACGCGCACAUUCAAAAGCUGGUCGCACAAUUACACUUCCAUUAACGAGCCAAAAACUCUUGCCAAUCCAGCCGGCCUGGAUAAGUGAUCCGAGUACAAUCAGUCAGUUUUUCAUUUCGCGGCAAUCGCACUUGAC